UUAGCCGUGCUGGAUGGGCUGGAUGGGAAGGCAAGCGCUGGAAACCCUCAGCCGUAGCACAGGACAGCAGACUGUGUCACCAUGACCGUGGAGAAGAUGGAUCCUGUGGAAGUGUUCGCGGCCGGAGAGAAAGGCCGUGGCCUCCGCGUCACCAAGGAGCUGUCAGCUGGAGAUGUCGUGUUUGCUGAGGCGAGCUUCGCCGCGGUCGUGUUCGACAGUCUCUCUCUGCAGGUGUGUCACAGCUGUUUCCGCCGGCAGCCAAACCCUCACCGCUGCGCACAGUGCAAAUUCGCGCACUACUGCGAUCGCACGUGCCAGCGCGCCGCAUGGGAUGAACACAAGCAGGAAUGUUCUGCCAUUAGAAAGAUUGGAAAAGCUCCCAAUGAGAACGUGCGUCUGGCCGCUCGUAUCAUGUGGCGUAUCCAGAAGGACACGGGUCUGGUCUCCGAUGAGCAGCUCACCACCCUCGACCUCCUGGAGGAUCACCUGUCCAAAAUGACCCCCGAGGAUCUGAAGGAGCUCAAAGUUGACGUGCAACACUUCUAUAGUUACUGGCCUAAAAAGAGCAAAGUGGUCGGAGAGGACUACGUGUCACAUAUCUUUGGUGUGAUCAACUGUAAUGGCUUCACGCUGAGUGAUCAGAGGGGUCUUCAGGCGGUGGGCGUCGGUCUCUUUCCCAACCUCUGUUUGGUCAAUCACGACUGCUGGCCCAACUGCACUGUCAUUCUCAAUCAUGGCAAUCAGACGGCACUGGAUGCUUCAUUCCACACGAAGAGAAGGAUUGAGCUGAGGGCUCUGGGAAAGAUCUCCGAAGGGGAAGAGCUGACCGUGAGUUACGUGGACUUCCUGAACGUGUCCAAGGACCGGCAGCGGCUGCUGAAGCAGCAGUAUUACUUUGACUGCAAGUGUGAGCACUGCACCAAGGGCAUUAAAGACGACCUGAUGACGGCCGUCAGAGAUGGACAGAAGCCGUCUGCUGAGGUGCUGAAGGAGGUGACGGAUUUCAGUCUUCAGGCUCUGGUGAAGAUCGAAGAGGCUCGUACUGAAGGAAACUUCCAUGAGGUGAUUAAGAUCUGCCGCGAGUGUCUGCAGAAGCAGGAUCCAGUGUUUGGAGACACAAACCUGCAUCUGCUGCGCGUCCUCAGCACUGCCAGCGAGGUCCUGUCCUUCCUGCAGCAGUUUGAAGAGGCGUCCGGAUACGCGCGGCGCAUGGUGGACGGAUACGCGAAGCUUUACCAUCCCAAUAACGCCCAGCUGGGCAUGGCCAUCAUGAGGGCGGGCGUCACGCACUGGCACGCGGGGCUGAUAGAGGAAGGUCACGGGCUGAUCUGUCGCGCCUACGCCAUCCUCUUGAUCACACAUGGAGCUCAUCAUCCCAUCACCAAAGACCUGGAGGCGAUGAGGACGCAGACAGAGAUGGAGCUUCGUCUGUUCAAACAGAACGAGUACGUCUAUCAAAGCAUGAGGGAGGCUGUGCUCUCUAACAAACCCAUGAGCGUCGCUGGAGAACAAGUGCAAAUCAAAGCCACUUCAUAAACCUGCUGAUGUACUGAUCGUCAUGAAGCUAAGCAAGAAACGUGCCUGAAUCUGCACUCUAAUAAAGGCAUUUUCAACAGA